CAACAGGUAGCGCCAUCAUGAAGUCUAUGAGAAUCGCGUUCUUGGGCCCUGCGGCAUCAUUCUCUCACCAGGCAGCGGUUGAAAGCUUCGGGUCCUCGGCCGAGCUAUUGCCCUGUGUGUCUUUUGCGGAUGCUUUCGCUGCAGUGCAAGACGACAAGGUAGAUUACGCUAUCAUUCCCUGCGAAAAUUCAACAAACGGCUCUGUUGUACAAACCCUUGAUCUAUUGGCGGAUCCAAAAGGAAUCUACAGCGAUGUUGAAGUGUGUGGGGAGCAUUAUUUGACAGUCCAUCACUGCCUUCUGACUCGAAAAGGUCUGUCCCCCCCGGGGCGGCCGGGCUACAGCUCAAUAACCAAGCUGUAUACUCACCCGCAGGCAUGGGGUCAAUGUGAAGGUUUUCUUGAAGGAGCCUUCAAGGGCGUCGAAAGGCAAGAUGUCUCAUCGACCUCGAAGGGCGCGGAGAUCGUGUCAAGAGAGACAGUUGAGCGAAGUGCCGCGAUAGCCAGUCGCUUCGCUGCAGAACACCACGGCUUAGAUGUCUCGGAGGAAAACAUUGAGGACAAGGCCAACAACACCACGCGCUUUCUGGUAUUCAGAAACGUGACGUCGGGCCGUGCAGGUCGACUUUCCUUCGAGGAUAUCCAAGUCUCGAUGGCGCAAGACCCCACUUCAGUCACCCGAACUGCGCAGAAGACAUUAAUAUCCUUCAUGAUUCGCCAGGACUGUCCAGGAGCAUUGGCAGAAGCUCUUCUGAUCUUUAAGGAUCGCGGUAUCAAUUUGACCAGUAUUAACACCCGACCGAGCCAAAUACAAGCGUGGAAAUAUGUAUUCCUAGUCGAGGGCCAGGCUAUUCCAACCGGUCAACAUAAGGAUUCAAUAUCUCAGAUCAUGGAGAGGCUAGAAAGAGUUACUGAGAGCUGCAGACACCUGGGAUCAUGGACCGAUCGGUUGGUGCCAUUUUAGGACGCAAUGACAAAUGUUAAACAAAUUACUACUUCAACGAGCCAACUAUUUGGUGCAUCUGCUGCAUGUGCCAUGGACAUACUAUAGAAUCUUCAAAUGAAGUGCAAGUUCUGGGGCAUUCGGUUUUCAUGCAGGCCUUCUAUUUCGUGUGAAACCAGCUCUACAGGCAUCUACAGUCCUGCUGAAAGAGGGAAAACAGAGAACAGAGGGGGAAAUCUGGUUUCCUUUUUGUUGAUAUGGCAAUGAAGUGCAAUGACGAGCAAAACAAAAAGAUCAACUCCAGUACUGUGAUAUACUGGUCUAAACAGUCCAAGCAUGCCUGCCCAAUGAUUAUGGAAUCGACAACCAUCGGUGGAAAGCUGCUUGAGGCUCCGUGCGAUAGAUUUAUCAUCUUUUUGAAAUAUAAAUAAAAAACCAA